ACGCGACGUAAUUAUGAUUAUAAAUAUGUUCCGCCUGAAUCUGAUCGGUGUCAUUUUCUAGUUUGCUACGGAUUUCGACAUGUGGCUUCCUCUGACUCUUCUAGUUCUUGCGGGUUUAGUUUCGGCCGACUUCGAGCAUGGCUGGAAACCCGGGCACGAGUACACCUACCUAGUCCGGAGUCGCACGCUGACGGGCCUGCCUAAAUUAUCAGAUCAACACGAAGGUGUCCUGAUUAAAGCACUGCUGACGUUACAGGCCAAGGACUCGAACAAAUUGACCGGUCAAUUGACCCGCGGUCAAUAUGCUCACAUCUACAAGUUGUUGCCGAAGGGAUGGGAGACGGAGAUAUCCGACCAGAUGUUGGAACUCGUCGACCUGCCCUAUUCCGGCAAAUCGUUCGAGAUCCUGCUUAAGCACGGCGUGAUCCGGGACGUGGUGGUGGAUCGUAGCGUUCCUACAUGGGAAGUGAACUUCCUGAAGAGCGUCAUUAGCCAGCUGCAGGUGGACAGCCAGGGUGUGAACGUGAUCAAGACCAAAGAAGUACAAGCGCCCAGCGACAACGAACCGUAUGGUUCGUUCAAGGCUAUGGAAGAUUCCGUGAGUGGGAAAUGCGAGGUUCAGUACGACAUCACGCCGUUACCUGGCCACGUGCUUCUGGCGGAACCGGAAUUGGUACCGAUGCCUAAUCUGAAGGGAGACGGUCUCCAUAUCGACAUCAUGAAGACGAAGAACUUCGACAACUGCGUUCAGAAGAUGGAGUACCACUUCGGUAUCACCGAUAACAAAAAGUGGGAACCCGGCACGAACGGCAACGGGAAAUUCCUUUGGAGAUCCGCCACGAGCAGAGUGAUCAUCUCUGGGAACUUGAAGAGCUUCACUAUUCAAUCUUCGGUGACCACUAGCAAGAUAUUCGUCAGCCCGAGGUUCUGGGAUCACCAGAACGGAUUAGUGGCCAGCAGAAUGAACUUGACUCUAGGAGGGAUGAAGCCGAUCGCGAACCCUCUGCCGUUGGUCAACAAUCCGGAGUCUACUGGCAACUUGGUGUACACUUUCGUCGAUCCUCGGGACGGACACAGGAUCCCUAGGCGCAUUGUGAACUCGAACGAGAUCUUAACUUCGGACAGCAUCAGUUCCGUUAGUUCCAGCGAAGAAACUAACAAGAAGAACGAAUUGAACCUUCGUAGCUUCGCGUCGAGUGCCUCCGACUCCAGUAGCUCGAUUUCUCUUAGCAAAGAGAACGACUUCUGGCAACCGAAACCAUCCUUGGAGGACGCUUUACAUAUUCCUCUGUUGCCCGAGUUCCUCAGCGGCGAGGGCAAGAAGAAGAACGAGAACGAAGACGUCGAAGACGCCAAACAGCUGAUCAUGCUAAUUUCCAAUGAAAUAGAAGACCCCAGCGAGAUCACUACGAAGAACACCCUCGACAAAUUCGUGGGACUGUGCAACGGUAUUCGCAUGAUGAACAGAAAUCAGAUAGCGACACUCGAGAAGAACAUGAAAUUCUCUCGCAACGAGCUGAAAUCGAAGGACAAGUCAGCGGCCACGAAACAGAACGCGUGGGCGGUGCUGAGGGACGCCGUCACCCAAGCUGGAACCGGACCUGCCUUGUUAACGAUCAAGAACUGGAUCCAGAAGAGCGACAUCGGAUACUACGAGGCUGCGGACGUCUUGUCUAGAAUCCCGAAAGCUGUUCGCGUGCCCACUGCGGAGUACGUCGAGGCCUUCUUCGAAUUGGCAACUAGCCAGGAAGUGAAAGACGAGCCAGUACUUGAAAACGCGGCACUGAUCGCGCUUGGCGAGUUGAUUCGCAUUUCCCUUGUGGACGGGAAGAGCAUCCACAACCGCUUCCCGGUGCACACCUUCGGCCGCCUCACGUCUAAGCACGACAAAACUGUCGAAGACAAGUAUAUACCAUAUUUGGCCAGCGAAUUGAAAGCGUCUGUCCAGAAAGGUAACAGCCCAAGGAUCCAGACUCUGAUCUUAGCUUUGGGUCUCACGGGCCAUCCGAAGAUGUUGUCUGUCUUCGAGCCGUACUUGGAAGGCAAUGAGAAGAUGACGACGUUCCAAAGAACAUUGAUUGUUUCCACUUUGAGUGUACUGGCCGAGAUCAAUCCUAAAUUGGCACGUUCGGUCCUCUACAAGAUCUAUUUGAACACCAUGGAGAACCAUGAGCUCCGUUGCACAGCCGUUUUCCUCUUAUUGAAGACCAACCCGCCGUUGAGCAUGCUGCAACGCAUGGCGGAGUUCACCAACAUCGAUACGAACAAGCACGUGAAUUCGGCGGUGAAAUCGUCCCUCGAGAGCCUGACGAAGUUGAGUAACCCGGAAUGGAAAGACCUGGCAAAGAAAGCACGCACCGCUUCGGAAUUGUUGACCAAAACCGAUUACAGCUAUCAAUUCUCCCAUGGAAUCGCGACCGACAUUGUGGACAACAAGCGAAACAUAAUUAACGAGCUCGUUCUGAAUUACAUCGGCAGUGACGACAGCUGCAUACCCCGUGCUCUGUAUUUUGGCCUGUAUUCCACUUUCGGUGACAUGAAGACGCCACCGAGCGAAUUGUUGAUCAUGAUGUCGAGCGUGAAGACUUUCGUCGAGACAAGCUUGAAGACUUUCAAUCAGGACAAAGAGACUGUCAAAUCGAUGGUCGAUACGAUCGUCAAGGAAUUGAAUAUUGUUGCUGACAAAGCCACGCCUUUUGAAGGAAACUUAUUGUGGAGCUCGAAAUUCAUAAUGCAGUUCAUGCCGUUCGACAGGCACACCAUCGACACACUUUUGCAAGGGCUCUUGAAGAGUUUGAUGGACAUUAAGCAGGAAAACUACAUAAAUAUGAACAAGUUAGCGUCGUACGACAUGACCCUGGCAUUCCCAACCGAAACUGGCUUGCCAUUCAUUUACACUUUGAGGGUGCCGAUGCUCUUCAAGAUCAGCGGAACUGGUAUGGCACAAAUGAACAAGGACUUGAGCGUGAAAGCGGCGGGCAGUGUGCGACUGGUCUGCGCGAAGAAAGUCCAGGGCAGAAUCGGCUUCGUGACUCCGUUCGAUCGGCAACUUGUCGGAGCCGGCGAGGACGUGAACCUGCAGACCUACAUACCCGUGAAAGCGACGUUGGAAUUGAAUAUCCCGCAGCAUAAAAUCCAGCUGAAGACCUGGCCGCUGAAAGGAGAGGAGAACGCCCGAUUGGUGCACCACACUAUCCGCCCGUACACUUUCCGUCGGGACGCUGACACCUUGAAACAGGCGAAAAAGGGCAAACACUGGAUAGUGAAUGAAGACGUCCCGGAACCUAUUACCGUCUUCGACCGAUUCAGUUUCAAGGUGAAUGCUGCGGCAAGUCAGUCCGACGAUUAUUGGGACAUGGAUUUGAAUGACUUGGUCAAUUACGUAAUUGAUCCGUGGACGUCGGACAACGGCGAUUACCGCGAGACGGAAGUGUUAUUAAAUCUGAAGGACGACAAAGAGAAACCGACGAUACUGACGGUGGCAUGGAACUGCUUGGACUUAGGAUCUACAGACGUCACGAACUGGAAAGACAUGGCUCAGGCCGUGGAACCAACCAACAAGGAUCCCGACAGCGAAGCUCGUAGGAAGGAGUUCUUGGAGGAAGCAGCUAAAGGCAUCAAAUUGGCUAAAUCGAGAGUCGUUGACAUCGAACUGCAGACCGCUGGUAAAGAUCGAGCUUCCAACGCUCUUACUUUAGCCUGGUCCGAAAGCAAUGUCGAGAAUAAAGGCCGGAUAUUGAUGUACUGGAACCUCGACUCGCCUAAAACCGAAAUUUGCGCAGAUGCUAGAAUUCACAUGAAACCAGACACUGCGCUCUUUUACGAUCAGGCUAUAAAGUCUAUGCCCAAAGGAGAAUUCGACAUCGACGUUCGCUAUGGAGAAAGAUGCACCAGAGGUGAUAGAAUAAACAUAAAGGGUAAACUGACUCAGAGCAAUGGACUGAGGUCCCGUAUCAAGAAUACUGCCCUCGCGAAGACGUGCGAGGAACAAAUGAAACAGGGCAACAAGAUCUUGCGAGCCUGUCAAAAAGCAGCUGACCUCGCCAUGACACCUGACGAUCUCCAGAUCUCCGCAGACAUCAAGUCGGAGACCUUACAGACUCUGGUCAACGGUGCUCUCAGUCUUAUUGACAACAGCGACUACGUGGGGAUGAACGUGGACACUGUGAAGCCUAGGAACGCUGGUAAAAAUAAGAUCGACAUCGAAGCCUCCCUGUCCCACGACCUCGAGACGGUUCAGAUGUCUAUAUUCACUCCUACGAUGAACGUCGUGAUCGACGAUAUAGGUCUGUCUACGCUUGGACUUGACAUAGACGAUGUUCUGGACAUUCCUGAGCAGAAUUUGAACAUGAACGACCUCGUGAACGAGGAUGAUGAACCCACUUGCAUGUUGGACAAAACCAGAGUAGAGACUUUCGAUGGCAAGGACUAUCCUCUGAGAUUAGGCAAUUGUUGGCACGUAGUAAUGACCACGUUCCCGAAGAUGGAUGUUGAGAAACCCAACGAGAAGCUCGCCAUCCCUGAGGAUAGCAAAGUGAGCAUCCUCAGUCGAGAAACGCAGGACGGCCGCAAGGAAGUGAAAGCUAUUCUCGGAAAACACGAGAUUCUGCUCCUGCCCGGUUCGCCCCAGGUCCAGGUCACAGUGAACGGCGUGAACACUCAGAUAACGCAAGAUAAGGUCUACCAGGAGAGACAAGGCGACGAUGUCGUGUUUGAGAUUUUCAAAGUCGGCGAUCAGUCCAUUCAAUUGGUUUCCGAGGAGUACGACGUGGAUCUCACCUUUGAUGGAAAACGUCUCAUGAUUCAGGCAUCGGAAAGGUACCUGGGAUCGCUCCGUGGUCUCUGCGGUAACUACGACGGCGACGCCCACAACGAUUUCACCGGCCCCAAGAAUUGCAUCCUGAAGAAACCCGAAUUGUUCACCGCCAGCUAUGCCCUGACUAAGGACGAAUGCGAGGGCGAGUCACUGGCCAAUGCGAAAUCGAUCCAAAUCGAGGAUUGCCUCCCCCAAAAUUGGAAUCGGGCGAGUAACGUGAUCAACGACGUCGAGUCUGGUCGCAAGAACGCGGAACAAGUUAGUUGGGGAUACCGUAAGAACGCGCAGACGGGAGAGAAACAGUGCACCACUCACAGGACCAAAAUUCAUGAAACCGGCGACAAGAUCUGCUUCACUACGCGUCCAGUGACGUCCUGCGUCGAUGGCUGCUCGGCCACCGAGACCAAGACGAAGAAUUAUCAAUUCCACUGCAUGGAGAAGAACGAGCGUGCACUCAGCCUGAAAAAGAGAAUCGAGAAGGGUGCCAACCCUGAUUUGAGCCAGAAAUCCGUGUCCCUGACUCAUGCCUUGACCGUGCCCGUUGCUUGCAAGGCCUAAAUUUCACAUACCUGAGCAGUAGAUCUAGUUGACCUCACCUUUUUAUCCUUUUAGUAAUACUAGUAGUUUUUGCAUUUAGUCUGUGACUCAAUUUUAAUAAAAUUUUCCGUUUUCAAUACUUAUACCACUUAUUUUCUUCUUUAUUCUCGCCUACUUAUCUUAUCGUAGAAUUUUUGCUUGUUACCUGAACGCGACAAUUUCUCGGGAAUCGUGGUAGACACGGAGAUUCAUGAAUGGGACACCUUAAAUGGAACUUAUCCAAGUGGCAAUCCAUUUUCUGAAUUUUCUCACAAAUCUCAUCCUCUUUCGUACAUCGGCCUUCCUGUUCAAAUUCUUUUCGUAAACCAGAAAGCAGAUCUUGCCCUUGUCUUCUUUUACUGGCAGACGGUGACGGUGGUUCGUACGCUUGGGACAGAGCAAUGUCCAUGUAUAUACGAUUCCAUUUACGUAUUAUCUCCUCCUGCAUUUCGUACGGUUCGCCUAGAUUUACAACGGGAUCUUUUGCAAUGUCAAGUAUCGUAUAAGUAGACUGUAGAUUUUAUUCAUUUAUAAGACAACUGAACGUAAACGUGUAAUAAAGUAAAAGUUCAGAAUAUGAGAAAUUGGAUGCACGUCUACAACUUCGAAUAAUAAAAAGAAGCAUAUUUUUCGAAA